UUUGACUCUACACACUGGUGACGCUCAGAGUCUCUCUCUCUUUUCUUUGCUGUCUCCCAUCACUUUCACGCUUAGUUCAGACCCACACCUCCAAUGUUUUCCCACAUUUGCCGAGGUCUCCUGCUCCCCAAACUCCGGUAAUUGACAGAGGAGGAAGGAGACUUUCUCCUGAUAGAGAAGCAGCUGUCAGUGGCAGAGUUGAAAAUUCGCUCAAAGCAGCUGAAGCGGACGGAGGCGAAAGGAGACGGAAGCGAAGGCGAGGAAAAGGGAAGACUGCUUCUUCAGGUGACCGAGAGGCGAUGGAGGCGCACGGCGUGCGUGAUUAGGCAGCAGCCCCGCAGGACGCGCUCCGUUGUUGAGGUGGAUUACAAAGUACAGCAAGCUUCAGGACAGACUGAGGACGCCUUCGUCGAAUUCUCGUGACGGAUUAUCGUAUAACCAUGAACGUGUCGCCCCCAGACCGCAGGAAAAACGUGCGAGAACUGGCUUUGGAGAUCGGCAUCCGAGUUCUGCUGUUCGGAGUUUUUGUAUUUACAGAGUUUCUGGAGCCCUUCGAGAGAGUGAUCCAACCAGAGGAGCUUUGGCUCUACAAGAACCCUCUGGUCGAAUCAGACCACAUUCCCAAGAGGGUCAUGUUCGCAAUUUCAUUUCUUACCCCACUGGCGGUGAUAUUUGUGGUGAAGAUAAUCCAAAGGACGGACAAGACAGAGAUCAAAGAGGCAUGUUUGGCCGUGUCCCUAGCUCUCGCCCUGAAUGGAGUCUUCACAAAUACCAUCAAGCUGAUUGUCGGCAGACCCCGGCCUGAUUAUUUCCAGCGCUGUUUCCCAGACGGACAGAUGAAUGUGAAGAUGGUGUGCAGCGGUGAGCCGGACCUGGUCUCAGAGGGACGGAAGAGCUUUCCCAGCAGCCACUCCUCCUUCGCCUUCUCCGGCCUCGGCUUCACCUCGUUCUACCUGGCAGGGAAGCUGCAGUGCUUCACGGAGCAGGGCCGAGGCCGUAGCUGGCGCCUCUGCGCCACCGUGCUGCCGCUCUACAGCGCCAUGAUGAUCGCGCUGUCCCGCACCUGCGACUACAAGCACCACUGGCAAGACGCCUUCGUCGGAGGAGUGAUCGGCCUGCUGUUUGCCUACAUUUGCUACCGCCAGCACUACCCUCCAUUCAUGCACAUGGACUGCCACCUGCCUUACGCCAGCCUGGGCGGCGCCGCCGCCGCCGCCGUCCACGUGCCCCCGCGCCCCCAGGACGACCCGCAGCCCACCGACAACGCCACCACCCUCCCCCUGGAGGGCUUGACCGAGGGGCCGGUAUGACUAGUGGCCCCCACCGAGACACCCCCCAGCCCCCCCACCGAGCCGCUGAGCCCCCCUCCACACGCCCAGUGACCGAGCGGCUCUCGGGUACAUUCCAGUGGGCAGUUUUAGCCCCUCACCAUCUCCAUAGAGUCUCGGUGACACUCACAUACUUUUGCGUUUUUUUAUUUUUAUAUAUAUAUAUAUAUAUAUAUAUGGUUCUUGCUCAGCAGCCGUAAGAGUCUAUAUUUAGACUUGAUAUAUGAGAGGAAUGUUUGAAUAUGGGACAUCGCCGCUGAGAGGGAGGAGAGGAGACGAAGCCCUGAGGAAGCAGGCUUCACUAAUGCCAGAGAAGGAACGUGACAAUAUGGCAAGGUUUUGCUAGAAGAGUUUUUAUUUAGCGAGGAGAGCGGCUGGCACCUUGUUUUGUGCUAUGAGGCAUCCAGUGUUUAGAGACUGAGGCAGCUGGGGACGCACUGAGAGCUCCCAUGGGCUGUCGCAGCAUUCAGACCAUGAAAUCAAGCCAAUUAAAUAGUUUAAAUGUUGCGUCUUAGAUGGUAAAGCUCGAAGCAAAUGAUGGGGUUUUGUUACGUGUUCAGAAAGUCCUUUAAAUUCACACCUGCGCUGCUUCUAUUGCUUUUUCUAUGUCCACAGCUAAAUUAUGACAAACACAAAACCACAACACUUUUAGAGCGACGCACCGGUCCAUAUCUGGGACAAAAACGUAAUAAUAAAUUCCUCCAUUUCUCCUCGUUCUCCUGGGCUUGCGUCGGGUCCCCUCCCUCGUGCCUCUGUCUCGCGUUGUCGCCGUCAAACUUUGUUUUUCGCAGCCUCUGCGUUCGACGCCGUCCCAGAGCUGGCGCCGGGCUCCAAAUUGUGGCUCUGUAGGUUCAAUCAAUAACAGGCAUGUGGGAAUAACACACCCGGAAGUAAUGUGCGGAGGCACAAACUCCAAUCUGAGUGCGCAUUAAUCCUCAUUAAGGGAGGUCGGCUGCUCCUGCUUAUGAGAACAUUAGACUAUGUGACGUGCCCCAGCAAUGCAAAUUGCUUUCAGUUCACUGUAGCCCCUCAAAUAGACAAUCUCGCAUUCAGCCGAUGACAGCCCUGAACCCAGGACGGCCAUUUUAAUGUAUUAUUCAUCCAUUACUGUUCCAUUAUUUAUUAAUACAUCCAGCCUUAAUUUGGCGACAUAUUCAAAUGAAGCAGACGCCAAACAGUUGUAUAUUUUCUCUAUCAAGUUUGAAUGUACCCCGUUAGACUUUAUUAACCCACGUCGCUGGUUUCUGACCAUCAGCAGAACCUUUUACAGGUUCUGUCAGAGGAUGAUGGAGCACAAAGGCCCAGUCUCAGCUCACCCACAACCCAAUCAGGCAAAGACCAUCAUGUGCCCUGAAUGUUCCCCAAGCGGGGAAAUCAUAUCUGCGUGUGAUUCCCUUUAGUUUCUGCUUUUGUCCGUCUCCACUGUCGGAAACUCAGCUGAGAGCUGUCAGCAGCGGCUGACGUCUGUUUCGUUGGGUUCACAGCUCGGCCCGUGCACGGGUUCACGCGGUAAAAGCUUGUGUUUUGUGUAAACACCAUGAGCCUCAGUUAAGCACCGUCACUAAUGCAGCCCAUUGGCGGCUCCAUGUGUGCGCGCAGGUGUUGACCAGACCUGUCUCACACUGAUGCAAUACAACGUAUGAGACUUUCCAAAGGAUGGAGGCGCGAGGUGCUCGACUCCAGACCAUCAGACUCUUGACAGGACUUGACAAGACUCUGAGAGUCGACAGGAGAACAGCUCCAGACCUUUCUACUGGUUCCAUCAGCAAAGACUGCGAUGUUUCAACAUCUUGAAAGUGAGCGGGAUGCAGAUGCGACACGUUUGGCAUCUUGUUUUCUUCUAUUGAUGGUUUAGUGUAUGUGUUGUUCAGAAAGUUUGUAAGAGUAUUUUUUUUUUUUUUAACGAUUUCAAAUCAUUCCAUGAUUAGUUUUCAUUUGGUGCUAUAGAUACUUUUGUAGCAGUGGAUCUAACUUUUUUUCAAAUGGUGGGUUUGUCAUUUUGACAUGAAAGUCAUUUUCUACAGAAAAGGGAAAAAAGUGAAUAUUCUACAUCUUUUUUUCAAUUUAAAUGCUCAAGGGCAACCGGUGUUCGUUCCUUUGUGUGUUCUUUCAGUCAUUUCUCCUUCCCAAAGACGGAUGGGACACAAGAAAAAUACUGGAGCAUAACAAAUUUAUUAUCAAUUAUAAUGAAUAGACGUCUGAAGAAAAAACGAGUGUAAGAUGUACGAGUCUUUGUUCAUGGCAUGCCGUUCCAUUUGUGAGAAAAGGUUGUUUUCUAUGAAUAAGCAUGUCUUGCCUUGAGAAGUGUUUAAGCCGUGUUUUGCUGUUUAUAUACUUUUAUGAAGCCUUCAACGAAAUGACUGCAGCUGUGUGAAAUUUGUCCAUGGAGGGAACAAAAGGAGCCCAGCAGCUGGAGCCCGCGUUUGAGCCAGAGCUCUCGCUUACAGCACAUCAUUAGGAACAGAUGAAGGUUCGGGGACGUUUAUAUUAAAAACUUUCCAGGCUGUAAUCAGAUCAUAGUGGGUACUGUCCUUUAUUAUAUGCAAAUGAACAAUCUUACGGCGUGCAGCAGCCGUCGCUGGAAUGAACUUUGUCCUGGGUUCAUUUGAACGGAUUUAUGCUUUUGUGGCUCUGCUGUGAGACUGCACAAAGCUGAGCGCGUGUGUGUGAAUGUAACUUUGUUCUAAACGUGUGCUGUGCUUUUCUGGAUCAUUUGUGUUGCACUGUUGUUUAGGGACUUUCCAAUAAAUGUGUGGAUGCUCA